GCCGAACAUCGCGCCUUCUCCGACACAGUGUUGAUGGAUGUUGAUGGGGCCAUGGAAGAUAAGCUAUGGCUUCACCCAAGACACUGGACUGGAAGGUCCUGCGAAGCCUUCUGUGGCCAAGGGCGACGGUUCGAGGCACUGCAGCAGAUGUUGAAGCAAGCCUUGGCGGCCAAUGAUGCGUGGCAUCCACGCGACUCUCGCCUGUUGGUGAAUCUGCGCGAGAACGAACUCUGUACUGCUUGCAGUGAUAUAGAGUCAAGGCGAAUCCCAUUGCAGUUCACAGACCUAGUCUGGAGCUAUGUGGAUAGGCAGCACUCCACGGGGAAGCUUUUCGAGGCCGAGACGGAAGACAUGGAGGAGAACCCGAAGUGCGUUUUCCUUUUGGCCCCACGCUGGAGUAUGAUGGAGUUGGGCACUGCCAAAGGCAUUGAUGUCGACACUGAAGAUGUGUGGUUCCUGAACGCACAGCUGUCCGAGGACGAGCGGGAGUAUUUGCUGGGCUACCUGGGUCGUGCAGGUGCACUGCGCUGGGAUUUCAAUCAAACCUACUAUCUCACGAAGAGAGUCUUAGGCUCAGGCGGCUUUAGCAUCGUCUACGACGGGCUGUGCAAGAGAGGGACGAUCAGCCUGCCUGAGAUGCUGUACGAGGAGGACGACAGUGAGGACGAGGAGCAGCUCUUGAAGUCCGGACCGAGCUCCGUCGCGCUUAAGCUCUUACAAAAGAUCGACAGCAGCGAGCAUGCCACUGCUGUCAUCAAUGAGGUCUACUUCCUGUCCCUUUGCGGACGACAUCCCAAUAUCACAAGCCUGCAUGGCACGUGGUUAGCUCCACAGCGCUACAAGACGGUUUGGAUUUUGAGCAUGGAGAGAUACAGCAACGGCCGGCUCUCGGACUACAUCGAUAUGCAUGGUCCCUUCCUGCUGGCACGGGGUGACGUGCUCGCGAUUUGCUUACUCUCCGCCGUGGCCUUCUUGCACAGCAAGAAGAUCCUCCACAGGGACAUUCGCCCAGAGAAGAUCCUCUUGAAUGAUGCUUUGGAACCUAUUUUGGUCGAUCUAGGCCAAGCAGCGCAUUUGGGAGACUCUGUGGCCAUGAUGCGGAGGCUGGGCACUGCUGGCUAUGUGGCGCCAGAGGUUUUGGACACCCGAAGCCCGGGCUAUGGAAGCCUCAGUGACGUCUUCAGCGUGGGCUGUGUAAUGUUCCUUCUUUACUCGGGCAUCGAAGCCUUCCGAGACAUCAACUCCGGCGCCACCCUUCAGCGGACGAUGGCUGGAAAAGCCCGGUUCAAUCACCCAAAGGCUAAGCAGGUGCGCAGUGGCACCCAGCAUUUGCUUCGGAAGAUGCUGGCCCCCAGCCCGAAGAAACGGCCCAAAGCGCACAAGAGUUGCAAGGCAUUGUUCAAUCUGGGCGAUGAAGAGGUGAGAGAAUCUCCUUCAGCACUCAAGGCGAUCGAGAGCUUACCCGAGCAGGAGACCGACAGUGGCAGCUUUGCACGGCUGCAGCCUGUUCAAGAAUUCCGAGAGGACUACGAAGCAGAAGAGAUGGAUGAGACUGAGAUGGGUGAUUCCUCGUUGAGUCCAGCUGCUUGCGUGCAAAUGCGACACAGUGCCGCGACCUUCAAGAGCAUGCCUCCAGGAUUUGUGCCAAGCGUGAUGCAGGUUCCUCGGCCACCGUCCACACAAUCCUCAAGAAGCGAAGGUUUCUUCGGUCGCUUUAGGCGAAUGAGGCAAACAUCAAAGUAGGAGAGCAGAAACGACGCGGCAGACAGACAUGACAGGAGGCCAUCACCAGUAGACAUGACAUGAAGUGGACAGGAGUGAUCUGGUGUUCUCUGUUCAAGCUUUCGGAAAGCGCGUCGAACGACGAAGAGUUGGGCGUGUUUUCGACUCCGAUGGGUGAAAGUAUGUGAAAAGCUAUUUCGAUCCUCGGACAGGCGCUCACUGUGUUUUUUUAAAAGCCGGUGCCAGAAUCAUCCAGCCGAAGAUGGGGCCAGAGUGAAAGUUGGAAAGAC